AUGCAAGCCCCGCCCCCGGAAACAAGCCCCGCCCCCAACAAGCGGACUCCGGGGGAGGGGGCCGAGCGGAGGCUUCGGUGCGCAGCGGCGGGCGCCAUGGAGAUGGAGGAGGAGGCGGCGGCGGAGGACUGGCUGGUGGAGUCGCUGAGGCUGUACAAGGAUCUCCACGCCUUCGAGCUGCAAGGCCCCACGCGAGUUAUCGAGUGGACGGGAGACAAGAGUGUCUGUGUCGCGGGGUGCGAGCACCAGGAAAAGAAUGAAAUUCUCCAGCUCCUUCUCCCGCCGAAACUCUGUGCUCAGGAGAAGCAGAGCUUGUGCCCAGACCGAGACUUCAGGGUGGAGCGUGGAGGUUUCUCGGGCCGGCCCGUGUAUAACCUGAAACGUGUACCGGACACCAGGUUGCUGGUUACGAGCGGCCCCCCAGGUGAUGCCCUGCACGUGUGGGAAAUGGCGGAGGACAGUGACAUCAUCCGAGCCGUGGGCGCCAUCGGCACCGGGGCGGGCGCCGAGGGCCCGUGGCCCAGGAUUGCAGCCACGGUCGGCCGGCCCCCCGGGGUGGUCCACGGGGCCAGACUCGGCGACGUGCGGAUCACCGAGGUGGAGUCGCGGGCGGUCGUCUUCAGGGCAGGGCUGAGCGGCGACGACGAAGUGAGCAGUCUCCAGGUCCUGGACGCGGACACCUUCCUCCUCUGCUGUGCGUCGGGGAAGCUCGGCCUGCUGGACAUCCGCCAGGCCCCGGGGACCCCGGUGACCCUGGGCCCCAUCCCCGGGCCCGCCGGGGAGCGAUGGUGUGCCGGAGCCCGGGACCGGGCCGGGGCGGACCCCGCCGUGGCCAGCCUCUCUUCGGGAGGGCAGCUGCGGCUCACCGACCUGCGGAACCCGCGGCGGCCCACGUGGCGGGCCCGCUGCCCGCCGACCACCGGGCCCAGCGCGGACGGGGAGCUGCUGCGGGUGACCUGGGCUCCGGCCCUGGACGGCUGCCUGGCCGUUUCAGGGCUCGACGGCGCCGUGAGAGUCUACGACAGCACAAGCGCCCCGGGGGACGGAGCGGAGCCGCUCUUUGUCCACAAGGGUCACCUCUUCACGGGCCCCGGGGAGACCCCUCCGCCGGUCACCGCCCACGCCUGGCACCCCUGGCGCCCAAGGACGCUGCUGUCGGCCGCCACCGACGGCUCCCUGCACGUGUGGGACUGGGCGGACCCUGGGGCUGCCCGCUGACGUCGGCGGGAGGGAGGGCGGAAGGAGCCGGGCCUCCUUCCCGACAGGGCGGGCGUCGUCCUUCCUCCAGCCCGCGAGUCCCAUCCCCGUCCCCUGCCUCCGUCCCGGGACCUGAAAUGCAGCCGAAGGUCGGGGUCCCCGCUCCGAAUCCCCGUUUUUGGGGAGCGGGUGGGUCGGGCCCCAGGGGCAGCCUCCGCCCUGGCAGCGAUGGCGACUGAGCACCCUCGAGGAGCCCGUCGUGGAGGCUGCCUGCCUCGGGCAGCAACCGCGGCACAGUCUCCCAGCACCGCCAGUCCUCGGCUUGGAGAGCGAGGUUGGUCAAGGGGUGUCGCUGGACGAGGGAUCCCCCCACGGGACAACACGAUCACCUUGUAAUUAAAAAAAAAAAAAAAA